AUGAAGCUGAUUCAACAAUCCCUCCUUGCCCUAACCCUCCUCCUCCCAGCGACCAUCGCUGGCUACCCCACCUCAAGUCCUCCUACGGAAGAGCACCAUGCCCACAGAAAACACGAGUGGACCUUUGACCUGUUUCACAACAAGCACUGCGUCGGCACUACAGUUAGCUACGCGGGGCAGGGAUCAACGGGCUGCCGCACCAACCUCGAGAACGGAGGUGCGGAGGCUUUUAUCAACGUCAAUAUCGAUCGGAACUGUAAGGUGAAAUUGUUCAGAGAUAAGAAGUGUUCACGGCAUGCGAUGAUCGAAGAGAUCAAGGCUGGAACCGCUACAAAGUGCAAGCCUAUCUCACGGAAGAAGACGGCCCACAGUUUUGAGGUGUCUUGUCGGUGA